AUGAAUUCUCUGUUGCGGCGCGGCACCUCGUUUCUUUUUGCAGGAACCAAAAGCCCGUUGGCAGACAGCGCCACUACGACAGCAUCGGAGAAUACUCUGUUUACAAGGGUUGAUCCCUCAAUCGACGGGGAGGAUUGCGACCGUGAUUGUGUUAGCUGCACUCUUCGAUACCCCUCCAAAUUCGACAUCGAUACUGGGGAUAAAUUAUACGGCAAUGUCAAAGGAUGGGCCACCCAUGUGCUCAUUGCAACGGGCAAAACGGACUGGGUGAGAGAUGUGGCUGAUGAGAAGGGAAGCGUUAUGGAAGCUAUUGAAAAGGGUGGCUUGAAGCCUAGCAAUGGGAUCAUGAAACUCUCUGCUUCAAACAUCCCAGUUCCGGACGAAUACCAUCAUCACGAACUUGGGAAGCAACCUACUACAGCUCUCAUCCUCCCCGCAUUCACCGUGGUCGAGCACGUCACCCCAGCCCUUGCCUCGGACCUCAUCACCUACUUCGUCAAUCCUGCCCUUACCACCACCUCACCCCUAUACAACUCAAACAUCAGCGAACCGCCUUCUACGAAUACACCUCCCCCAGAACCAGAUCCAGGCACUUCAACCCUUACGACAUCCCCUUCAACUUUAACAGGCACCAGCUCCUCCGUCGACUAUACGGCGCUAACCCCUCUCCGUUCCCGUCCAUGUCUACACACUGCUGUAAUUCUCCUCUGUUCCCAACGGACGCGCGACGCCCGUUGCGGCCAAUCAGCCCCGCUGCUCCGGCGGGAAUUCGAAAGACACCUGCGUGCUCGUGGAUUGUAUCGCGACCUCAACGACGAGCGUCUUGGUGGCGUAGGGAUCUAUUUUAUAAGCCACGUUGGAGGGCACAAAUACGCCGCCAAUGUGAUCGUGUACCGGAGAAGGACGAAUAGCGAUUUUGCAGAUUCUACCACUGAGCCAAGCGCAGUAUCAAUUGAAGAAGGUGCUGUGCAGGGAAUAUGGCUUGCGAGAGUACGACCGGAAGAUUGCGAAGGGAUUGUGAAAUUUACCGUACUGCAAGGGAAGGUUGUCAAACCGGCAAGCCAACUAAGAGGAGGCUUUGACCGUGAGAAAGGGCUCAGAUCAUCUCAUCCCUCCCCAAUCUCAAAGAACCUCCUUACGACCGGCCACCGCAACCGCGCCAUAGAUCUCCAAGGAAGCGCGGAGCGGGGCAUUCUUGUGACAGGGACGACCGGUAUUGCAGGUGGUCCGCAAAAGCAGUCCUCCCUGCCAUCCCACAGCCCAACAACUCAACAUACCCGGGCAUUGAUCCUAGGAUUGGCGCGGCACAUCUCGCGGGAUGAUGCUGUCGUGAAGAGCGGAGGGUGGCAGGGGGGUUUAGCGAUGGGGUUGGCGGGGAUGACUCUCGGGAUCCUCGGGCUCGGCACACUAGGCAGGGCAAGGGCAAGGAUCGGAAUCUUGGCGUUCGGCAUGCAGGUUAUCGCAAGGGGUGAUUUAGUCGAGGAGACGGCGCUGUUGAAGAUGUUGAGAGAUGGGAGAAUUAAGGGGGCUGCGCUGUAUGUGUUUGAUGUGGAGCCUUUGCCGGGGGAUAGCCAGUGGAGGACUACAAGGUGGGGAGUGGAGGGGAGGAGUGAAGUUUUGCUCUCGCCGCAUAUGGGUUAUGCGGAAGAGGAGAUUAUGAAUAGAUGGUAUGAGGAGCAAGCGGAGAAAGUAGAGAGAUGGCUGUAUGGGAAGGAAGUAGAGACUAAAUUAUUAUAA